CGUAUUCAACUUGUACUUCAAUGGAUUUUUGUAGAGGUGCCUUUCGCUUCGCUAAACUUGCAACAUAGCAUAGUUUAGUAUUUUCAUUUCAUUCUAUCAAGAAAGCUGGCGGGUGUGCAAAGCAAUGUGUUGAUUAUGAAAACGAUUGUGUUUGAUUAAUUUUUCAGAACAAAUAUUUGUGUUAUAACGUUGUUAGAAUAGUGAAUGAUAUAGUCAAGGAGAGUGGGCGCGACGAGUGGUUCGAAAGCACAAUGGAUGAUGACCAGCAGUUCUGUUUGCGGUGGAACAAUCACCAAUCGACGUUGGUGUCUGUUUUUGACACCCUUUUAGCGAAAGGAAUUCACGUGGAUUGUACUUUGGCUGCGGAAGGAAAGACUCUCAAGGCGCAUAAAGUCGUAUUGUCCGCUUGCAGUCCCUAUUUCGAGAGUGUAUUAUCUCAACAAUAUGACAAGCAUCCAAUAAUAAUAUUAAAAGAUGUGAAGUAUGCAGAGUUGAGAGCUAUGAUGGAUUACAUGUAUAGGGGAGAAGUAAAUAUCUCCCAAGAUCAAUUGGCUGCAUUACUAAAGGCAGCAGAAUCGCUUCAGAUCAAAGGUCUAUCGGACAAUAAGCCGUCCAGACCUCCGUCGCGCCCAUCUCACUCAACCCCAAUCACACCUGCACACCCGCCCAGAGGAACUUCACCACCACCACAGGCCCGCGACGGCAGCGUGGACAGCCGCGAGGGCUCGCUGAGCCCGACGCGGCGGCGCAAGAAAGCGCGCCGCCUGUCGGGCGAGGCGCCGGCCGCGCCGCCGCUCGCCGCGCCCGAGCCGGCCGACGACGUGGCCUGCAAGGAGGAGGUGUCGCGCGACGGCGUGGAGGACCUCACCCUGGACGAGGAGGCCGGCGACCAGCCCGCGCAGCACAACGACGUCGUACGCAAUUUUCAAUGGCAUAUGGAAAGAUCUCAAGAUGAAUUAAUGAAUUCAAAUGACAGUGUCCGAGACUCGCAAGAGCUGGGCAAGGACACGCUGCCGUCGGCGCUGCUGUCGCUGCUGUCGGCGCAGCGCGCGGCGCGCCCGCCCGAGCCGGAGCCCUACCCGGAGCCCUACCCGCCGCUGUGCCUGCCGCUGCCCAAGCUGCCGCUCGACUCGCUCGACGUGAUCCCCGACUCGAUCAAGGCGCACCUGCUGCAGCGCGCCUUCCUGCAGAACAACAACCGGCCCAAAGACGACGAGUCGGACAACGAGUUCGACGACACGGACGACAUCGUGCUGCCCGAGGAGGGCGGCGCCGGGCCGCGGGCGGAGCGGGGGGAGCGGGCGGAGCGGGGCGAGCGGGCGGAGCGGGGCGAGCGGGCCAAGCGCGACAGCGGCUCGGACGACGCGAGCCGGCAGUUCGAGUGCCGGCACUGCGGCAAGCGCUACCGCUGGAAGUCGACGCUGCGGCGGCACGAGAACGUGGAGUGCGGCGGCAAGGCGCCGGCGCACCAGUGCCCGUACUGCUCGUACCGCGCCAAGCAGCGCGGCAACCUGGGCGUGCACAUCCGCAAGCACCACAACACGGAGUGGUUCGUGUACGCCAGCAGCAAGCAGUGUGGGGUUUCAGGUGGCGCGGGGGAGGAGGGCGGCUUCGGUCGGCUCGGGGGGUUGUCGUGGGAGCAGUGGUCGGCGCGCCUGGCGCUGCCGCUCGUGGCCGGCUGCGGCCUGCGCGCGCCCCCCGCCGGGCCCCCCGCCCCGCCCGGCGACAGCUUCACCUGCCCCGACUGCGGCCGCGUCUACAAGCUCAAGUCCUCGCUGCGGAACCACCAGAAGUGGGAGUGCGGCAAGGAGCCCCAGUUCCAGUGCCCCUACUGCGUCUACCGCGCCAAGCAGAAGAUGCACAUCGCGCGCCACAUGGAGCGGAUGCACCGCGAGGUGCACGUCAAGCCCGAUCAGUACAUCAAGCAGGACAACGUGGACGCCUGCAUGUAGCACGCCCGCGACCGCGCCCCGCCCGCCCCGCUCGUCCCGCGUCGCCCGAUUGUGAUAAAUGUGAUGUAAUCUCUUUGUGAUAGUGGCAUUCGGUCACGUUAGAUGUAAUCGCCAGACCGUGCGUGGAUUCCCGGCGCUCAUGAUUCCGAGUGGGUGGGUUACCCGUGCUCCCUUUUAGCGAUCGCGAGAUAGUUUAAAAGCCAGUUACAAUCUAUAACAGAACUAUUCUCGGUAGACUUCGACGAAUGCUCAAUAUUUUACGCAAUCGAUACUCAUUUAGUAGCAACCCACGCACGGUCCUCCGCAGACGUUACCCGCAGCGGUCUCCGGACCGUCUGAUACCAUAUGAAUUUAAUCUCAUGACGAAUUAUAGUAUUCGCACUGAUUGCAACCGCAGCGGUGUCCGUAACUGUUGCAUUUAUCCAGUAUAUUAAGAUAGUGAUUGUAUAGUUACGCUUUUUAUACUUUUUUAUAUAUUUUUAUGUACAGCAUUUAUUGUGUAAAAUAUCAUUCCUGUUUUGAUAGUGUACGCGUUUAGCUUUGCUAGUUCGAGAGAAAUAGUUAAAGUUGUUACCAUUGCAGUUACUAAAAUUAGAUAUCUAAAUGAUGGUACACGAUCAGUACUGUAAGCUCGCUUCGAUUGACAGAGAUUAACGUUUAAGUUUGUUACGAAAUCAUGAACUGUGGUUAAGUAAACCUAUAUUAUAUUUCGUGUAUAGUAAUAUGUUAGAUGAUAUUAAAAUGAAGCUAUUUUCGCUUUUAAGCAGUCUAGGUCUUUGCCAUAAUGCAUGUUCCAUUAUUUUUGUAAUACUCAUAAGUUAAAUGGUUUUGAUUCGAUUAUUUUUAGAUCUCUUUACUUGUAAUGCAUUUAUUUUAUGUACUAGGACAUUCGCAGUUGUAAGUCGAAUUAAUUGUAAGUUCCUGGAAACGAAUGUUAUCAAAUUGUUAUAUUUGGGGCCAAUUAUUGUUAGAUUUAGGUUUGACCAGAACGAGUGCCUUAUCGUUGAAUCAUGUACAAUGUACUCUGCCUUUAUGGGGUGCAUCUAGCCGAGCACAAAUCGUAUUUGGACGUUCAAAAUAAUCUUCCACGUAGUUAUAAGUAUUUUAUGUAUUACCACGUAGCGAUAAUAAGUAUUCGGCCCCAGGAUUGACGAUGUCAUUCGACAUGACGGUAGUUUACAAACAAAAAGGCGCGAACGAUAUUGUCAAUACUGGGCCGUUUAAAAUAACCGUUUCGAGUUACCAUCGUACAAUCAAUAUGUAGAGCUCAAUAAGUACAACAGUCAUACAGAUACCCUAAGUGCCUUCGAAAAUUAGUCAUUAGGAAUUAAAGUUUUUAAUAAGUUCACAAAUCAAUAAAUCAUUCAAAAUAACUAGGUUGUGAUAUUAUACAAUUGAAGUUGAAUAGACUAGCUGUGAUAGGGGCGUGUCAAAUGAAAUGAGGCUCAGGGCCGAUUCCAUGGCGCAUGGCAUAUCUCGACCCAAGUGAUUUCAGAACGAACCUAGUUUCAAAAUUACUACCUAUAGUAUUUACAUAAACGAGACAAUAAGUUUACAGUGAUUUUAUUGCAUUUGAUUGUAUUUUUAUAACCUUUUUUGUAUUUUAAAAUAAAGUUGCUAUUCUUGAUAUAUUUUAGUUUUAAUUUUACUUCGUUUUACAAUUAACUUUAGGAUGAGUAUCUAUUUUUUAAUUCUAACGGUGCCUAACAUUUCUUGGUAUACUAACAUUGCAUGUUCUUCUAAUAUACCUUUGUCCAUAUUUAAAAUGGAUGGAAGCAUGGAGGUAUUCCAUUUUAAAUGUACGUUCUCUUUUAUAUCGGUAUCGUAGGUUGCAUGAUGAAAACACCUUAAUUAGGUAGAGGUCGUAGCCGUAGAUGAAUUUUAAAUAUUUAAUGAGGCGCAAAUUAAUGGGAGACAUGGUGCAUUAUUAUCUUAUGCUUAUGGUAGCACAUCCCGUACGGUGGCUUUGCUUCACAGGUGGUAGCUUAUUAUUUGCACG